AUGAGUUCAAGAACUACUAGAGUAACUAUUAUAGGAGCUGGUAUCUCUGGGUUGAAAGCAGCAGAGAGUUUAUUAUCAAACUCGAAAUUUACAGCCAAUGACAUUGUAAUACUUGAAGCACAGGACAGAAUUGGUGGUAGAUUGAAAACAACAGAUCAAUCACAGUCAAAACUUGGAAUACAAUACGAUCUUGGGGCAUCAUGGUUUCAUGAUUCAUUAAACAAUAUUGUUUUGAACGAUAUGAUCAACCAAGAGUUGUUGGAUGUUAAGAAUGAUGUCUAUUACGACGAUAAAGAUGUUCAAGCUUAUUCGAGUAAAGGGAAAGUCCCAAUUGUUGAUAAACAGCUUAAUAGAGUAUUAGAAGAUAUCGAGAAAUUCAUUGAUUUACAUUUCCAUGAUAGUAUAAAUACACCAGAUUUAUCAUUACACGAUAUAGUGGCCAAGUUUUUUGAUGAUCGUGACAAAUUUUUGACACCAGAACAGAAACAGUAUUGUGGAAGAAUGAUGAGAUAUUUAGAACUUUGGUUUGGGAUAUGCUGGGAUAAAAUCAGUGGUAAAUAUGCUGUAAUGGAUCAUCAAGGUAGAAAUUUAUUAAACAAAAAAGGAUAUGGAUUUUUGGUGGAAAGCCUAGCCAGGAAUAUCCCUGAAUCAUCACUUUUGUUAAACCAGGAAGUCAAAAGAAUUGUUAGAAAUAAUAAAGAAGGUACUAAAAAAGUCCUGGUGGAAACUACAAAUGGAUUGAAAGUUUUUUCAGAUUACUUAAUUGUGACUGUUCCACAUUCAGUUUUGGCAUUAGAACCAAACUUGGCCCAUGGUAUUGAAUGGGAACCAAAAUUACCACAAAACAUGAUGGAUGCAUUCAAUUCGAUUCAUUUUGGCGCUUUAGGUAAAGUUGUAUUUGAAUUUGAUUCGAUUUUUUGGGACAAUGAACAAGAUAGAUUUCAAAUUAUCGCUAAUGAGUUGAAGACCCCUGACGGAUUGUCCGAUAAGUUAGAUCAAUUGCCGGAUCCUUUCACAUAUCCCGCAUAUGUCGUUAACUUUUCUCGGGUACAUGGAAAAUCUACCAAGGGAAGUUUGGUCAUUCUUAUGCAAGCACCACUAACAAACUAUUUGGAGGCUCAUCCCGAGCAAGCAUGGUUGUAUUAUAAGCCGAUGCUACAACAAUUGGCUGUUGGUACGGAUGUCACCAUUCCAGAUCCAAUUAACACUAUUGUCACUGACUGGACAGUAAACCCGUGGGCUCGUGGAUCAUACUCUGCAAUGUUUACCGAUGACGAUCCUAGUGAUUUGAUUAUUCAAUUAUCCGGUGAGUUUGAGAGCUGUGGUAUACGAGAAUCGUAUAUCCGAUUUGCGGGUGAACACACUAUAUCUGAUGGUGCUGGUUGUGUACAUGGUGCAUAUAAUAGUGGUAUUCGUGAAGCACAAUGGAUAUUAAAUGAUCUUCACUUAGAAUAG